UCUGUGCUAGCAAAACAGUCUUGUAGCUUAGCAUCUGCUUCAUCUGACCACUUUUUUAUUGAUCUAGUCACCGGUGCUUCCUGCUUUAGUUUUUGCUUGUAAGCAGGAAUCAGGAGGAUGGAAUUAUAGUCAGAUUUGCCAAAUGGAGGGCGAGGGAGAGUUUUGUUUGCAUCUAAAUUAGCAACUUAUAUUUUUAACUUUAAACACGUUUUGUAUGUUUUACUUCGUGGUUUAUGUCCAGAAUAUUUGCAAAUUAUUAUUACUACUAUGAAUUGCAUAUUUGUUUACAUCGAUUAGCUCUACUGUCUCCAGAGUCGGUACCCUGCUCGAUACUCUACUCCACAGCCUAAACUCAUCGACACAUUUUUGAGAUGUCCUGUGCUGUGCUAACGUUAUCCAACUCCUAGUUUAGCAAUGUUCUGUGUCUCCAAACUACAUGCAAUACUAGAUAGCUAGCUAUGUAUACAACCACUAAAGUUGUACUAGGCGUUUCUGAGAUACUUACGGUGAGCACCGUUGCAGGAGUGCAUCUCAAGCAAAACUGGGACCAAGAGGAUUAGAGUGUCUGACUCCACCUGGUGAUGAUGGAAAGCAGUGGUGAGCAGAGGGGCCAAGUGGAAGAUGAGGCCAUGUGCACCUCUGCCUCGGAGGGGCUGGAGGAGGGUGAGGUAGAGGGUGAGACGCUUCUCAUCGUGGAGUCGGAAGACCAAGCCUCGGUGGAUCUCUCGCACGAACAGAGUGGUGACUCGCUCAACAGCGAUCUGGGGGAGGACGCCGAGGGUGGCUGGAACGAGGACAUGGCCUUCUACUGCGACAAGUGCCACAAGUGGAUCCCCAUCGCUCAGCUGCACGGAGAGCAACCCAGCUACCUGAAAGGAGACAACUUCUUUAAGUUCACCUGCUAUGACUGUACAGAAGAUGUCAAGGAGAUCUUUGAGAGGAUGAGACUCACCUGGCAACAGGUGGUUAUGUUGGCCAUGUACAACCUUUCUUUGGAGGGCACGGGGCGUCAAGGCUACUUUAGAUGGAAAGAGGACAUCUGUGCCUUUAUUGGGAGACACUGGACCUUCCUACUGGGCACCAGAAAGAAGACUUCCACAUGGUGGAGCACGGUGGCGGGCUGUUUGUCGGUGGGGAGCCCCACGUUCUUCCGCUCAGGGGCCCAGGAGUUUGGCGAGCCGGGCUGGUGGAAGCUGGUGCAGAACCGUCCACCCACCUUGCGCCCAGAUGGAGACAAGUCCUCGGUGGCCUCCCUAAAAUCUAAAGCUGCCUCCAAGCCAACCCUGGACCCCAUCAUCACGGUGGAAGGCUUACGGAAGCGCGUGGGCCGGAAUCCGGUGGAAAGCGCCAUGCAGCUGAAAGAAAAGCGCUCACGCACCCAUGAGGCUAAGGACAUCCGGCGGGCGCAGAAGGAGGCGGCGGGGUACAUGGAUCACAGCGCCUCCUCCACGGCUGUCAAGUUCAGCGGCCGUGGUGGCGGGCGGAGACCUGACUUGGUCCUGGAGAAAGGCGAGGUGGUGGACUUCUCCUCAAUGAGCUCAUCGGACCGAACGCCACUCACCAGCCCCUCGCCGUCGCUCUCUCCGGACUUCUCUGCACCCGGCACUCCCGCCUCCCACUCAGCCACGCCCAGUCUGCUGUCGGAGGCUGACCUCAUCCCUGACGUCAUGCCACCGAUGGCGCUCUUUCACGAUGACGAGGAGCUGGACGGCGAAGGCGUCAUCGAUCCCGGUAUCGAGUACAUCCCCUCACUCAGUAUGUCGCUGGGCACUGGCGCCCUUGUCGUUCGCAAGAAGUUGCGGCCUGGGGUGGCAGGGGCGCACAUCAAGCAGGAAGCAGAGAGUGACGACGAGGAGGGCCGCGGCCGGGAUGAUGAUGAAGACGACGAGAGGCGGGGGCGCUGCAAAGGCCAAUCCAAUGUGGUCAGGGGGGCGCGGGGUGGCGGGGAGAGGAGGAGGGGGGCCUUAACAGAGAAGGGGAAGGGUUCCCCCCCUUCAGAGCCCCAGUUUGCCCCCCUCAGCCUGUAUGAGGAGCGUGUGCUGCUGCGGCGCCUGGAGGCUUGUCCGCAAGCGCUGGCGGUGACUGCGCAGGCCAAGCGGCUACACAGGAAGCUACUGGUGAGGAAGGCCAAGCGCCAGAGAGGGCUCCCCCUGCUGGACAUCGACCAGGUGGUCAGCGCCACCCUCAGUCUGGUGGGAGGGUUGUACGGGUCCCAGGAGGGGGGACAGGGCCGCUACGAGGGCUCCGGCGCGGGGAAGUACCGCACCACCAGCCAGGACCUCCGAAUCCUCGACCGCUUCCAGACAACGGCGUCCAGCAGAAGAGGGUACCACCAGCCCACAGUGUCGUUCUGGCACCGCCUCAUGGGCUCCGACGCCAGUGUAGACCAAGGCAUCAAGAGCCCGUACACCUCCCGCACCCUUAAACCCUUCAUAAGGAGGGACUAUGAGAACAAGCCUAUGAAGCUGAAGCUGUUGGCGGAGAUCCGUGCCUACCCCCACAGGAAGGACCCCUGCUGGGUCACCAAGCCAGAGGCCCCCAUCGACUACUGUUACGUCAGGCCCAACCACAUCCCCUCUGUUAACUCCAUGUGCCACGACAUCUUCUGGCCAGGUGUGGAUCUCUCUGAGUGUCUCCAGUACCCAGACUUCAGCGUAGUGGUCCUUUAUAAGAAGGUGGUGAUCGGCUUUGGGUUCAUGGUGCCGGAUGUGAAGUACAACGAGGCCUACAUCUCCUUCCUGCUGGUGCAUCCCGAGUGGAGGAGGGCUGGGAUCGCUACAUUCAUGAUCUACCAUCUCAUUCAGUUCCCUCAUGGAAUAACAGACCAGGUGAUCCAGAAUGACAUGCCUAAUUUGGAGGCUCAACAGAGAGCCAUGGCCAUCAACAGACUACUGUCAUUGGGUCAGUUGGACCUUCUACGAAACAGCUCAGGACUUCUAUACCGCAUGAAGGAUGCUCAGACAGCAAGUAAAAUGAAAGGCUCCGACAAUCAAGAGAAGCUGGUCUAUCAGGUCAUUGAGGAUGCAGGAAACAAAGGGAUCUGGAGUAGGGACAUUAGAUAUAAGAGCAACCUUCCUCUGACAGAGAUCAACAAGAUCCUCAAGAACCUAGAGAGCAAGAAGCUGAUCAAGGCUGUGAAAUCAGUGGCUGCGUCAAAGAAGAAGGUUUACAUGCUAUACAACCUGCAGCCAGACCGCUCGGUGACUGGGGGAGCCUGGUACAGUGACCAGGACUUUGAGUCUGAGUUUGUGGAGGUUCUCAAUCAGCAGUGUUUCAAAUUCCUUCAGAGUAAGGCAGAGGUGGCGAGGGACAGCAAGCAGAACCCCAUGGUGCAAAGAAACAGCUCCUUCGCCACCUCUCACGAAGUGUGGAAGUACAUUUGUGAACUCGGCAUCAGCAAGGUGGACCUGUCUAUGGAGGACAUUGAGACUAUUCUGAACACGCUCAUCUACGACGGCAAGGUGGAGAUGACCAUCAUCGCGGCCAAGGAGGGCACUGUGGGCAGUGUGGACGGCCAGAUGAAGCUGUACAGAGGGGUCAACCCCAUCAUCCAGCCCACAGGCCUGGUCAAGACGCCCUGUGGCCUCUGUCCGGUGUUUGAUGACUGUCACGAAGGAGGUGAGAUAUCCCCCUCUAACUGUGUGUAUAUGGCAGAGUGGCUGAACUUUUGACCAGUUACUUGGCUUGUAUAGUUUCUCUGUGGAGAAAAUUUCAUGUAUAGUUUUUUUUCUAGCAACCUUUGAUGCAUCUGAAUAUAUUUUUUCUUUAUACAGGGCUUAAUAAAUAUUUUAAGACGGA